ACGCUUUUAGGUUUUUUUCGUAUGACCCUCCCUUCAGUCGAGGGAAUUAAGAAGAAAAUUUGUCCGAAAUUAAGUUUUUUUCUCCAUAAAAAGUGUUGAUUUUAUGAAAAACACUUUUUCAAACAGCUUUAUCGUAGGAAUUAGACAGCAUGAAGAAUCUACACUUCAUAAACAAGCAUUAAUGAAAUAUCAAUCAAAGAUACAAUCUGAAGAUCAUGGUACAGUUAUAGAACAAUUAAAAUCAACAAAAAUUAAUACAAAAACAGCAAGUUUAAAUUAUUUACGUGCUGUUGCACGAUCGUUUAUUUUCUUAUUGAAGCAAGAAUUUGCAUUUAUGAACUUGAAAGAUUUGAUCCAACUACAACAUCUAAAUCUUUCUGAACCAAUUGUUCAAUGGCUAUCUAUAGCUAACAAAAAAGAACUUUAUUGGAGUGGAGAAAGUCGUGGUGAUUGGUUACUUAGUGUGCAAAAGUGGCUAUGGAAAAAACAAUUAGAAGAAUUAAAAAAUGUUACUUAUAUUACAAUAAGGCUACCAUUUAAGUGGUCAGUAUAA